AUGACGGGAAAAAACAAUAAUAAUUUGGGAUUAAAAGAUGACCGUCCUACGGAAUUCUUAUUUGAUAUUUCAAAGCAAGUUAAACAAUUUUACUCGAUUCCAGUUAUCUUUCUAACUCACAAAGAUUAUUCUGAUGAUGUAUUUAACGCACUAUGCUAUUUAAGAACAGCUCUUCAGGAUGGAUCUAAAUCUGAUAUUAUAGAUAACGUUGUAUCCUUUCAUUUAAAAUGGAUGAAUGCUGUUAACGAAAUCGAAAAGUACACAAAAAGGAUUAAUGAAAUUUCAAGAUCUGACAUUCUCGAAGCAAUAAAUUACACAAUUGAAGCAUUAAGUUCCCGAUGUAAACAUUACAAAAGGUAUAUUACUAAGUAUUGUAAUACGCUUACGAAUGAACAGCAAUUUCAUUUAAGUGCAGAUUACGAUGUCAUUGACGGCAUGCAUAACGAAGUUGUUCAAAGUCUUUUCAGCAUGCUCCAAUGCUUUAGUAACUAUGAUAGUGACGACGAAUUCAAAGUUAAAGUAAAUGACGCUAUAAAUGACCUUCUGGAUUGGCUUGAUAGCAUUUAUGAUAGUUUAUCAUUGCUGCUGUGUAAAUAUAUAAACGGAAAUAUGCCAAAUCUUAAUCGAGAUUUGACUAAUACAUUGCAAAAAAUCGUUAGUGAGUUCAUUGAAUACAGAACACCUUCCACUGAAAAACUAUUGCAAGACCUUAAGGCAAAAGGUAAACAGGUAGACUGUAUGAUACUCUGCACAGCAGACUACAGGCUAGAAAUAUGUUAUAUCGAGGAAAAUAUAAAAAAGCUUGAAAGUCGUAUAUUAGAAUUUGAAAGCAAUCCGCAUGCUGCCGCUGCUGUUAAAGAAUUUCAGUGCAAACUUAAAUAUUUAAAUGAAACUUUGCAAUCAAUUGAAAAUUUGAAAAAUAAUAAUACAUUCUUCCAUAGUGAUAUAAAAAUCCAUUUGCAAGAAGUCGGUGGUGAUGUUUUAUGCAUGUGUGAUGAUUUCUUUCAAUUAAGAAUCUUUAACUAUGAAUUACCUUUUAAACAAAGAGAAGAGCUUGUGACAGAACUAUGCAAAGUAUGGAACAAGGCAGUACUCGGUGGGUUGGGUGAUAAGUCUUUCAUUUCUAUAUUAAGAGCUGAUGCCGUAAAUGAAGAGUAUACUGAUGAUCUUGGAACUUUUUACAUAGAUGAAUACAGUCGUAAAAUCUAUAAAAUUCCCAAUGACGAAACUUUAUACCAGGAAAAUGAGCAGGGCAAACUUGUCGCCUUGGCUGAUGAUAAAGAUCAUGUAUACUACUAUGACGAGUGCGGCCGCUAUUACAUCGACCGAAAUACCAGACUCAGGGUUUAUAAAUACUAUGUAACUGCUAGUGAAUACAUGCUAGGUACUUCCGGGAAAUUGCUAAAAUUGAAAGAAGAAAGAGAUGGUGUCACUUAUUAUUAUGAUCAUUUUGGAAGAUACUACAUAAACAAUGACGGAAAACAUAUUUAUCGUGAAACAGAUACUACCAGUGAAUAUGAAAAUGAUGGCUUUGGAAAUCUUGUUCGUUUAAGAAGUCACUCAGAUAUUUUAGAUUCAUGUCCAUUAAACAUCAACGUUACAGAAGAUACAAAGUACUUACAGGAAAGUGUCGGUAUAGCUCUAAAGCGCUGUAUCGCUGAAGUUGUACUACAUCAACCAAACGAUCCUAUAAAAUAUUUGGCAGAAUGUCUUGAAAAGUACAAAGAGGAUAUUGAGCGCCAUGAAAAGGAAAGUGAAGAGAAACGCGAGUUAGAAAUUGCAAGAGAAGUAAAGAGCUCGGAAAGCAUAGAAGAAGAAAGCAAUAUUAUGGAAAAACUAUCAUACUUAAACGAGUCCGAAAAUGAGGGAGACUUAUUUGAUUUAAAUUUUGCAAAAUAUAAGACAAUGAUGCACGAAUGAUUUAUUAUAAAUUAUAAUGUGUAACCAUUUUUUUAAUGUUUCAUGUUUA